CGCCAUCUUUACGCCAGUGCUACCGGUGGCUCUUCGGUUCAGCGAAGCGACAGUGCUGUUGCUGAUCCACCACCAGGAAUCGCAGAGCAGCCGAUAAUCCUCCCUUUCCACUGGGACGCCACGAAAAGCCACAGUAUCCGAGCACCAUGGCGGACAGAGAGAACUUAGUAUACCAGGCUAAACUCGCCGAACAAGCGGAGAGAUAUGACGAAAUGGUGGAGUCGAUGAAGAACGUGGCCAGUAUGGACGUGGAGCUGACGGUGGAGGAGAGGAACCUUCUCUCUGUAGCGUACAAGAACGUAAUCGGAGCCAGGAGAGCCUCCUGGAGGAUAAUCAGCAGCCUCGAACAGAAAGAAGAAAACAAAGGAGGCGAAGACAAACUAAAGAUGAUCCGAGAAUACAGGAAAACGGUUGAGAAAGAGCUGAAAUCAAUCUGCAAUGACAUUCUGGAUGUACUGGACAAGCAUCUCAUCUUAGCUGCUACCACAGGAGAAUCUAAGGUUUUCUACUAUAAAAUGAAGGGAGAUUACCACAGGUACCUGGCAGAGUUUGCCACAGGCAACGACAGGAAGGAGGCAGCCGAGAACAGUUUGGUAGCGUACAAAGCUGCGAGCGACAUCGCCAUGAUCGAACUCCCAUCAACGCACCCCAUCCGUCUGGGACUGGCCCUUAACUUUUCUGUUUUCUAUUAUGAAAUCCUCAACUCGCCGGACCGUGCUUGCAGGUUGGCGAAGGAAGCAUUUGACAAUGCCAUUGCAGAACUGGAUACCCUGAGUGAGGAAAGCUAUAAGGACUCUACGCUUAUCAUGCAGUUGCUACGUGACAACUUGACACUAUGGACCUCAGAUGUGCAGGGAGACGGUGAAGAACAGAACAAAGAAGCACUGCAAGAUGCGGAGGACGAGGCCCAGUGAGACCGAACAACACAAGACAAGCUCUCCUCCUCCUCUUCCUCCUCCUCCUCUCUUAACUCCCUCCUCCCAGCACUGUCUCCUGUCCCCAGCCACAGUGUUCAGCUGGGUUUACUCUGCAGCCCACUCCUACUCUACCUUCCCCUCCAUUUCCACCCUCCUGCCCCACCUUUUUCUCCUCGUAUGCACCUCCCUCGUUUUUCCCACCCUGGGGGUUUUCCCUUCGUUUCUUUACCUUUUCUUUUUUUGCACGCCUGUACCCCCUUUAAGGUUCACGUCCUCUUGCACCGUUUUUAUUUUGCUUUAUUUUGCUGUUAUCAUCUGUUGCCAAGUACGCUUGCCUGUAUUUGUAACACACGUGCAAGAGUUUAUUUAAAGACGAUACUUUGCUGUUUUCCGGUGUAUGUGCGCGCGUGUGUUGAUGAUCAGUAUCUUGUCCGUGCUUCGUCAGUUGUCACAUUGAGGAAACACAGCAGUGAUGGGAGGUUUAAAAGGGAUGUGUUAAAGCUUUUUGGAAGAACUAAGUGCCCUCUUUACAUUUUCUUUUUUGUGGUUACUAAACCUGCUUCUUCAACACAUGUUCAUUUUCUUUGUUUCUUUCUUUUUUUGUUAAAUUACGAAACAUCCCCCACCUCCGAGCAUCGCUCUGACCUCUCUCCUUGUCCACUCUUUGGACCAAGUUUUGUGCUGCGAGGCUGUAGCGCUUUUGCUAAUGGCAGAUAGUUAGGUAAUGGCUUUUUAACAGACAAAAUGUGCAUCAGUGUGAGCGUGGGAGGGGAUUGCUCAACACUCUUUGAUUGUAACGUAAUGCAGUUUUGCAUUGGCACUAUAUAAAAACAGUUUGGGAAAUAGAGGCCUGCUGUAUCUUUACUCCCCUGACUCUUUCAGGUUUUCUUCUGUACCUUCCCUCUCCUCAUCAUCCUCCUCUUCUUCCUACUCCUUCUGUUCAGUAUGUGUAAAGUGAAUCUGAUUUGUACUACUGGAUAUUCUCACCGGAGCCACAAGUACCAUCUGUAUUCUUACUGAAACACAGCAUGGAAUUAACAUUAAACUUCAAAUUGAAAAUCA